ACGAUGGGCGCAUCUAUUUUCAAACUUGAAGUAGCCCACUAUACAUCAGACCUUUUCCUCUCUUCUACCGCUAUUCCUCUCUUUCGCCUCCGUGCUCUGGUUCUCUGAAGUCUCUCCUCUCUUCUCCGUGUUUCGAAAGCGGAGGAAGCGGAAGGGAAGCCCGGCCUCGAUCUGUUCGUCUCUUUUACUCGAAGAAGGAACUUUAGAAAAUGGCUGAGGCCGAGGAUAUCCAACCUCUUGUAUGUGACAAUGGUACCGGAAUGGUCAAGGCUGGAUUUGCUGGUGAUGAUGCACCUAGGGCAGUAUUUCCCAGCAUUGUAGGCCGACCUCGUCACACUGGUGUCAUGGUUGGCAUGGGCCAAAAGGAUGCAUAUGUUGGUGAUGAGGCCCAGUCUAAAAGAGGUAUCCUCACCUUGAAAUACCCCAUUGAGCAUGGUAUUGUUACUAACUGGGAUGACAUGGAGAAGAUCUGGCAUCACACUUUCUACAAUGAGCUCCGUGUUGCUCCUGAGGAGCACCCUGUGCUUCUCACUGAAGCCCCUCUCAACCCCAAGGCGAACAGAGAGAAGAUGACGCAAAUCAUGUUUGAAACAUUCAAUGUACCGGCCAUGUAUGUUGCAAUUCAAGCCGUUCUUUCACUAUACGCCAGUGGUCGUACAACUGGUAUCGUGCUCGACUCUGGUGAUGGUGUGACACACACAGUCCCAAUUUAUGAGGGAUUUGCCCUUCCUCAUGCCAUCCUUCGUUUGGAUCUUGCUGGCCGCGAUCUCACUGAUGCUUUGAUGAAGAUACUUACCGAGAGAGGCUAUUCUUUCACCACUACUGCAGAACGUGAAAUUGUUAGGGACAUAAAGGAGAAGCUUGGUUAUGUUGCCCUCGAUUAUGAGCAGGAGUUAGAGACUGCCAAGAGCAGCUCCAGUGUGGAAAAGAGUUAUGAGCUGCCGGAUGGGCAGGUCAUCACCAUCGGGGCAGAGAGGUUCAGGUGCCCUGAGGUUCUCUUCCAGCCAUCCCUGAUUGGUAUGGAAGCUGCGGGUAUCCAUGAAACCACCUACAAUUCCAUCAUGAAGUGCGAUGUGGAUAUCAGGAAGGACUUGUAUGGUAACAUCGUGCUCAGUGGUGGAUCCACCAUGUUCCCUGGUAUUGCUGAUCGGAUGAGCAAGGAAAUCUCGGCCCUUGCUCCAAGCAGCAUGAAGAUCAAAGUUGUUGCCCCACCUGAACGGAAGUAUUCCGUUUGGAUUGGUGGUUCCAUCCUUGCAUCCCUCAGCACCUUCCAGCAGAUGUGGAUUUCGAAGGAAGAGUAUGACGAAUGUGGUCCUGCAAUCGUGCAUCGGAAGUGCUUCUGAGUUCCAGGGUGGGUGAGUCAUUUCCAGGCAGUUUUUGAGUCCUAAGUCAUGUAGGAUUGCUAUGUUGAG